AUGGAUUUCAGAAAAAAUACAGUAAACAAAUGUCGUAAUGAAAGUAUAAAUGGUAGAUUAUUUUGGAAAGCAAUAGUUGAACUUGUACCUUCCACGCCUUCUGUAACUCAGCUUCUUAAUAUCUAUUUAAAAUAUGUACAUUUAGAUAUGUUUAUAUGCUCUUCGAUUAUGGGAUGGAUCUAUAUCACUGAUGAUGAAGCAAGGCUUUUACUAAAUGUCAUUAAUGAAGAACAUAGUAAUUUUACAUUUGGGAAAGAGAGGUUCUUAGCAGGAGAAGAUUAUAUUGUCAGUUUAAAAGAUGUUUAUGAAUUUUAUACAUUCAUAAAUGUAUGUUAUAAUAGAUUACUAUGCAUAAAUAAAAAAGGUCAAGAUGAAAAGUGCGGUUUUAUACAAAUUAAUAACUUUGAAUCUAUUGUUCCAUAUUGUAUUAUUGAUAACCAAAAAUAUUUACCACUAUUCUACUUUAAAAAGGAAAAACAACACCUAAUAGAUCGAGCUAUAAAAAUAAAAGAUUGGAACUUAGCCUAUCUCAAGUUCUGUUGGAAAGUGCAGGGUAUCAGAGAUGAAUUGUUUGCUGGUAGCUAUUGCACAAUGGUCAGUGUUGAUAUUAUCAAAAAAUAUUUUCCACCAGAAACACAUUUUGAGGAUUUUUGGCCACAUGAAACGCAUAAUUCACAUCUCCCUAUUAAUCAGAAUUCAUCCACCCAUGUCAACCUGCAAGGUGCACUCCCUCAAGCUCCCCCUCAAGCAGAACCUGCUGAAUUUACUGAAGAUCCGGUAACCGGCUGCGGUUGUAGUGAUGAAGAAAUGGAGCUGACGGUAAUCGCGGUUAGUGUUAUUGCAUUAUACGGUUUAUUAUAUAUCAUCGGUGGAUGUAAAUCCGGAACAUUUUAUGAUUCUGUAGAAUUGUACAGCCCCAUGUGGCGUAUCUACGGGAGUAUGGGGGUCAUAUCCCCCCCCACCGGGAGACCAAAUGUUGUGCACAAUACAACAUGUAUAUAA